AUGAUUGAUGGUCGACAGGUCAUUGAAUCAUUGGGCCCGUCAACGACUGCGUAUCGUUCAACCGCGGCGACUUCGUGUCGUUCAACCGCGGAUCUCACGUCCGGCGAGCGCAUUGUCACCACGAGCGCACACUGCAUGCCGAGCAACGAUUUACCGCCCUUCGGAGCGUGCCCGGCCCGCGGGAUGCCGCCGGUAGAGCCUCUACAAGCCGAAAAAACGACGUAGCGGAUACAAUGCGCCCAACCCCAGCAAAAUGCAAGUCUGACAAGGGAGUAACGAGCCCAUCACCGAACUUGCAAGGAAGGCUUAAGCUUUGGAGGCUGGAGACCAGCCGAAGCGACGCGCGCGGCAAGAGGCGGCAAGCCACUUUCAUAGCAAAAACAAAAACAAAAAAACCCUGA